AUGUCAUUAGAGGAGUUUUCGCAACGAGUAGCUCAAGAUGAAAUAAAACACAGCCAAACGCAAUCUCCUUCAGACCCUUAUUAUCCUCAAAAAAGUCGUACCGCAUAUGCAAAAAGGCUACUUGAAGAUCUUCCAAAGGACGUCGAUUUGGAUAGCUACUGUAUGACUGUUUACCCAAGUGAACUCUUGACUUUAUUUAGCGGGUCUACUCCAGUUAAUCUAGUAUCACACAAACCCUUCAUCAGAGACGUCGAAGAAUACCGAGAUUGGGUAUAUAUUGGCCAGUCUGUAGCAAUGUUUCUUAUAUCGCCAAGGUUCAAAGAGCCUCUUUUACAUGAGCUUGAAAGACUCAAUUAUACAGUUGAUUUUUCUCAGUAUAAGUACGUCCUCAUUAAAGGAAACCAAGUUACUGUGAUGGGCGUUCUUGUCCAUUGCUUGACGGCGAUAGAUUGUGAUGCUGUUAGAAUUCGAGUUUAUAAUUUGAAAGCUCCUAUCCGUCUCUUAAGUGAGCUUUAUACUUUUCAUUCGUCGCAUCCACUCCGAUUCACUAAUUUCUUCGAUGUCGGUGUCACUGAAAAACAAGACAUCGCAGGUCUAUCUCUCCUUAAAGGGGUAGGGCCGCUCACGAAGACAUUUCCCAUCUGCAGUCCAGCUGCCAAAGGCUAUGGUACCGUCCGUUUGCAGACAAAAAUUUCGCACAAAUUCGUUAACGCUCUUGCACUUGAACACCAAAUAGUAGAGACUAAGAUGUACUCAAAAGUAGCCCAUGUUAUCAGAUCAAUCGGAGUCAAGCCUUCUUUAUUCAACGCAAGGACUGUUAUGGUAAUGAAAGGUAGAUAUAACUCGGCUAAAGGAACCUUUGACAAAAUCUGCAACAAACCUGAUGACGUCCUUCAAGGCUUUCGCAUUGAAGCCACAAUACGGGCGACUAAUUUAACGUGGGCUUUAGAGAUAGCCUUGAUUCACAGGCUCCUUGACAGUCAGACAUAUGAUCAACGAUAUGAAUUAACUGAGCUUCCAAGGUCUGCAUACAUCGCCAAUGCACAAAGAUUGAUAAGUAAAGUACAAGAUUUUAAUCUACUGAAAGGUUCUAGUUCUGCUAAAGCAUCAAAUGAAAAGAAUAAGGUGGAAGCAGAUAUUUGGCAGUCUGUCGGUUGGAACAACUCCAGAAGAAAACUUACUAAACACAACGAUGUUAACGCUUGGUGGAACGAUCAUAUCACGAACCGGGAGUUCGAAAAGAGUAUCAGAUUCGUCAGUGAUGUUUUCUUUAGUGAAACUGCAAAUUGUAAAGCUUUUUUCAUGUUCGUGAAAAGUAGACUCAAAUGCCCAAAUUGUGAUGGAAUAGACACGUUCAAUGUUGGUGGAAGGACAAAAAACUUCACUAUGAAGUGUGGGAACUGUUCUGAACGAAUGGGAAAGAAAAAAAGUACUAUUAUGUGGAAUGAGCUUCUAAAUGGAGAAGAUAAGGAAUACUUUCAAGAUGCCAUAGAAGCUACUAGAGAGGCUAAUUGCUCACCGCGACCCACGUCACCUGUUCGACGGGACUCAUUCAAUUCAAGUAGCUGUCCAUCCGAUCUAGGCAGCUGUACAUCUGAUUCAAGUAGCUGUCCAUCUUUAUACGACACCUCACCUGAGCCUCGAAAGAGAUUUAUUGCGGAAACAUCCUCUGAAGAUUCAGCAGAUUCAAUUUGUCAAUCUUCUCAUUGUUCACCGGGUUCAAGCUGUUCAUCUAUACACGAUUCACCUGAACCUCCUCAUAAGAAAUUCAUUGUGGAAAGAGAUUCUGACAAUUUAUCACGUUCAUUCGACGCACCUGAAACCCAUCGAGAUAGGUCUGUCAUCGAAAUAAAUUCUGACAGUCCAUCAUACCCAUUCGAUACGCCUGAACGUGAUCGAGAAAGGUCUGUCAUUGAGAUAUCUUCUGACAGCUCAGAAGGUAGUCCUGAACUUCGAAAAAGGAUGUUUUUGGAGGUAGAAUCUUCUCAAUCGCAUGUUCCUGAGAGUGUAGAAUCGAACAGUGCAGGAUCCCAUCAGUGCGCUCAGUCUGAAGGUGAGGUUGAAGCACCAACAAAUGCUCCAGCUCAAGCUACAUCUAUAGAGCAGGUAAAUGAUGAAAUGCAAGAGGGGCCAAAAUACAUGGUCCGCACCUUUUGGAAAAACAUAUUGGACAGCAAUUUUCCAGAAGGAGCAGUACAUCAUCAAAUACCUAACCACUACAUUAGGACUGAUGGUUACAUUGUUGGUGAUGGGAAUUGUAUGUUUAGAGCUAUAUCAUUUGCUCUUUAUGAUGAUCAGGAAAAGCAUGAUGAUAUCAGAAAGCUGGUUGUGGACUACAUGGCAAAAAAUAUCGAAGGGAGAGUAGGCCAAGAAAACGCUGAGAUGUUGGAUUGCUCGACUUGGGUAGAUUAUCUCCGUAAAAUGCGGAAAGAAGGAACCCAUGGAGACGAAUAUGUUCUUAUAAACGCAGCCCUGGCUUGCCGUACCAACAUCGUAGUUCUUUCAACGAGUGGCAGUACCAAGUCCAUCAAAACAUUCAGAUAUAGGGGUGAACAACUGAUUGCUAUCUGUCAUGUCAAUGGUAAUCACUAUGAAGCUUUGAGGGGUACCAAAUAG